AAUAUCAACAUGUCGGCUGGGUGGAAGGUCCUUGCUUUCUUCAUUGCACCCAUAACUAUUGCUUCAGUUGUUGUUAGCAAAGAUGUAGAUGAUGAAUCUGUAGCAUUUGAUACUUCUAGCCAACAUGGUCUCAACGUAGAUUCCUUCCAAGUUGCUCUAAAUGAAACGAAAUUGGACAAAAGGUACCUCAUCCACGAUGUUGAUCCAGCAGAGGGUUUUAAUCUACGGCGGGAUGUCUACGUGAGAGUGGCAAAUAUGAUGAAACUUCUUCGAGAAAAACAAAACUGGGUGCUUGUAGUUCCACCUUGGAGAAAGUUAGAUCACUGGCGAUUACCGAUCGAGCAGAAUGCUCUUCCAUGGCGAACAUUCUUCGAUCUCGAGAGCUUAAACAGAUAUGUUCCUGUCAUUGAAUUCGAAGACUUUGUGAAAGAAACUGGCGAAUCGGGUAUAGAUGAAAUUCUCUAUUUACAGGAAUACGCAGAAGGCUGGGAGGAUGGGCAUUGGGAAGAAAAAGUCGAUGAUCGUGAUUGUAUAGACAGACCUGUUUACUACAAAGAUCAAGACGGUUUUUAUCGAGGAUAUUUUUGGGGAAUGGACAAUGUAUUCGCGCGUAAAUUUAAAUGUGUAUCUGUGCAAGGCACUUCAGCUAUUUUAGUGUCUUUACUGGAGAAAACCAAAUCCAGGUAAGCUCUGUUUUAUUUUAUUUUAUAAUACCAUCUAUUUAAAUUCAUCGCUUGCUUUAGGUAACCUUGAAUUGAAUUAGUUUGUAAUGUUAUUUAUGAGCAUCAAUAGCACUUGAAAUUGAUUCAUCUUCCACGUGUAAUCCAUAGUGCCAUUGCUGGUGUUUUGUCAUAGCUGCCAUAAAGCACCACCAACUUUCAUGGACUAUUGUCUCUAAAUGGAAUAAAAAGCCCAUGUAGCUAAGGCCGAAAUCCAGGAUAAUACCAUUCAUGUAUGGCUAGAAGGCAGACUGGUCUCAGGAUGAAAAAGACAAGAUCUAAAAUUAUUGUGGUAGAAAUAAAUCUAGAAAUAAGAUUGUUGAAUCACGCCUCUCAAUAACCACACGACAAGAGGUUUGGCCCAACAAUUUAUUGAGUCAGAAUCGACCGCUAUGCACUGACUAACGCGAAAGGUCGUGAAUGAAUCAAUAGACUCGCCAAACAAAAAAACGCCCAAACCGAAGUCGGGUGGUAUAAGAGAAGAGACGUGAACGUGAGAAAAAAGAGAUAUUAAUUAUAGAGCUACAAAGAUAGUAUAUGUAGGAAUAUAGAUAUAGCAAUAAAAAAAAGGACAUGCUAGUGAGAACUACGAGACAAAAGAAGAAUCUGGGCGGCCAUGGAAUUUACUGCUUGUCUCUUUUGAGCGGAGGACAUUUCGAGAUAAACUUGAUAGGCAUCACUUUGCCAAUCACCUUACCGCUGAAUAAGUUCCGCCGGAACAUUACACCGAAAGGCGAAACUCGCGCCGCCGCGACGAAAACUAUGGGAAGAGUAAUGGGCCGGAACUAAGCCGAUCGCUUGAAUGACCCGCGAAAGAAACUGGGAAAAAUAGGCAGUCUAUGACUACAUGGGCCUAGUGAUAUAAAAAAUAGUAUCAUCUGCAAUGACUACAUGAUACAACAACAACAACAAAAACUUUAUUGUGAAAUAAGUAUCAACUAUAACAAUUCAUAAUUGAAUAAAAUAUCACCUUUGUCUCCUAGCCCAAAUAAUUUCUGAUGAUGACUAGAAAUACAUAUCUCGCAAUAACCCUCGCGAAACUCGGUUUGGUAACGGCACUCAAGUUAAGCCCUGUCGGUCUGGGUUAAGAACUGGAUGGGUGACCAACCGCGACUAUCGUCUUAAAGGUCCAUACGUUGUUCUUUCUUUACUUCUUCUUCUUUUUUGCGUAUUAUGUGUUGUUAUUGUUAGCAGUGUAUUGAAAGCAGAUUUAGCAUUAUUUCGGCGUUCGGAUUUAGAAAAAGACAAAAACAAAGAACAAAUAUGGCCCGGUGCGGUUCGCCUGAAAAUUAUUAUGGAAAUUCCAUCUUCUGUAGAAGUUACUGAUCGCUAAACAAGGCAUAUAACUACAAGAUUCGGCAGGAAACGCUCGUCCACGGCCACUGAUCGAGGGUAGAAUCAUCAACACUUUCUUCAGUUUCUUUACUGAUAAAGCAGGAAAAUUCUCGAAAAAUCCCUUCAUGUUGCUUUUAAGAUCAAAUUCUUUGAAAAUCCACCGAAAGUUGAGCCUGGCUCUAGAAGGAAAGUAAGUUAAAUUUAUCUUAAGCAUAGAAAACUUACCAACGUCGUUGAACAAACGCGCAAUGUGAGCACAUAGAGCGAUCGUAGCAAAAAGUUGCCAUCUAAGUCAUGUAGGAGGAAGGAAUACCAACAUUGUAACCAAACAAACCAACACCGACCGUUUUGCACAGUUUGUAACGUGCAAAUAUGCCGCCUAUUUAGAUUCCUAAGCGCCUUACAUACUUAUUUUGUAUUAUUUAUUAUCUUAGAUUCCCGUUAUUUCUGACCCUACCUGUAAUUCAGUUCUCUCUGCAAAAGGUAGCCCAAACCAAUUUAUUUAUUUAUUUAUUUAUGUCUUCUCGGGAUACGAAAAUCAAACGAACAUUGCUCGAAAGUGGUCUCCGGUUGUUGGCGAAAGAAUACGAGAAAAACCCCCAGUUACGGACACACACGUGUGCACGAUAACAUGGUGCCUUGGGCUCUACGAGCACUAGGCACAAUGGCGAUACGUGAUGGGCAAUAAACUGUGAGACGUGGGAGAAAAAACCGAGAAAAGCGGCGCAUGCGUUAAGGCGUAAAUGACGCCUUAAAGCCCUGACUGGACAAAGCGGGGAACCUGGGAUGUACGGCAAGGGAAUUGACAAAGAACGCUGUUGAUACUAAAUAGUCUUAGACGCUUUAAUAUGUAGCGAUGCCCCCUGAGAGGAAAACUCUAAAUCAGCCCGCAAAGGAACUUUAGUUGAGAUGCGAUCUGCUACGUCGGAGACUAAAUUGGAUUUCGGUAAAAAGGUAAAGAAGGCGACGAGAAACCAAGCCCACAUGGCUGCAUGUAAAGGUAUAGCUAAAGUGAAAUGCGAAAUGAAAUGUGGAAUGAAAUGCGAAAUGUGAAAUGCGAGUACAGCUGCAGCAAAAUUUCAGGAGUAAUAGGAUGUUUGCUGUUCGGGGAUACUCCGAGAUAGCGCUUAACACCUCUUACAACUAACUGAAAACGAUAAUUUGUCUCCCAGAUCUUUCCAAAACCUAACAGCUGAUUUACAUGUUUAAGACUGCCGAUAUGAUUGAUGAUAGUGGCGUCCUUUCGACCCGAAAGGGUGAGAUAAGCAAAGUAACGAAUAAGCAAAUCCAUCUGAACAGGGAACGGAGAGGCACGGACGGAAUGACAAAACCUAGUGUAAACGUUAACGUGAGACCUUAUAUUCUUAUGAGUCGAUGGGGCGAAAGCCAAACGAACUAAACGCUGAGCAAAGGCAUCUAAUGAAGAUACAGUGGUAAAGAUCCCUGAAAAAAAGAAACCAUAAAUGUCUGAAUAAUUGAAUUGAGGAAACAAACCCAAAAAACACUAUAACAAAAGCGAAAAAAUAUCAGUCAACGUCAAAAUAACAGAAGUCUCCGGGUAUCUCUUCGAAAACGUAACUGAUCCCGAGAGCUGUGGUCGCUUGGGCAAACUGAGUUUGAGAGGAGGUGUUAUCCCAACGACUCAAGGCAUCGGCUAAUGUGUUAUGCUCAGCGAAAAAAAUGCCAGACGCGGAGGUCAACAUCAUGAAGCGCUGAAGUGAACCACAACUGGCGCAAACAGCGCUGCANGAAUGAAAUGCGAAAUGUGAAAUGCGAGUACAGCUGCAGCAAAAUUUCAGGAGUAAUAGGAUGUUUGCUGUUCGGGGAUACUCCGAGAUAGCGCUUAACACCUCUUACAACUAACUGAAAACGAUAAUUUGUCUCCCAGAUCUUUCCAAAACCUAACAGCUGAUUUACAUGUUUAAGACUGCCGAUAUGAUUGAUGAUAGUGGCGUCCUUUCGACCCGAAAGGGUGAGAUAAGCAAAGUAACGAAUAAGCAAAUCGAUCUGAACAGGGAACGGAGAGGCACGGACGGAAUGACAAAACCUAGUGUAAACGUUAACGUGAGACCUUAUAUUCUUAUGAGUCGAUGGGGCGAAAGCCAAACGAACUAAACGCUGAGCAAAGGCAUCUAAUGAAGAUACAGUGGUAAAGAUCCCUGAAAAAAAGAAACCAUAAAUGUCUGAAUAAUUGAAUUGAGGAAACAAACCCAAAAAACACUAUAACAAAAGCGAAAAAAUAUCAGUCAACGUCAAAAUAACAGAAGUCUCCGGGUAUCUCUUCGAAAACGUAACUGAUCCCGAGAGCUGUGGUCGCUUGGGCAAACUGAGUUUGAGAGGAGGUGUUAUCCCAACGACUCAAGGCAUCGGCUAAUGUGUUAUGCUCAGCGAAAAAAAUGCCAGACGCGGAGGUCAACAUCAUGAAGCGCUGAAGUGAACCACAACUGGCGCAAACAGCGCUGCAAGAAAGGAUCCUUGGUGGAGCCCGAAUUGAUCACGAUAACCGCCGCCUCAUUGUAGAACCCAUUGUCGCAGGAGACGAGAAAUCGCUGAUGUUGCAAUGCUGUGGCCCAGAAAUUUACCGCGACAAUAACAGUGAAGAGUUCCAGAGCAGAGAUGUGAGACGCGGCGUCGAGGACAAAAUCCGGGAAGGGGAAUGUAAGGCAUUUGUCGAGGCACGUGGCUCCGCCGCGAGUCAGACAAGCGUCUGUGGUGAAACGAAAAUCAGCGAAGGACCAGUCGGCAGGCUUGAUAACCGAAAUACCAUUGUAAAUGGGAAGAAAAGUUUGCCACCAAGCCAAAUCGUGACGCAUUUCCAACGUGACUAGUUGAGAUUUAGCGUUGGAAGGGAAACUACGCAAAGCGUUCAAGAGGCGAGAAAGAAAAAUCCGACUAGCGUGGACGCAAGAAGUCACGAAAGAAAGUUCACCGAGCAAAGACUGCAGUUCUUUGACGAUAAAGCGCUCGCGUGACAACCACAAAUGUAACUCAUCGGAUAAUUCACGAAGCCGCGACUCUGGAACACGUUAUGUAAAAUCCUUGGUAUUGACGAGGAUACCCAAGCAAACCAUCUCAAAGGCCGGCGUGAAUCUUUUUCAGGCGAAGAGGCUAAGCCAAGGGUAUCGAGAAUAGAUUGCAGAGUAGCAAAGGCAUUGUCAGCCAGCGACGGACAUUCAGCGCCGUAAAAAUCAUCUAGGUAAAUAUCAGCGGAAAAUCCGGCUUGCUUGAAAAUAUAUAUGACGGACAUAGUUGUUCGUUGACAGAACAUGGCCGAGGUCCGUAAACCAAAAGGACACCGCGUGUCAAAAUAAAAUGUGAAGCCCAACAGAUAAUAGUCUUUAGGGUCGAUCGGAAACUGGCGAUAAACGCGUUGACGGUCUUUUUUGUAAACACAACAAUCCCGUCCUUUAGCCAAAAUGAAUUCGCACAAACGGUCGAUGCCCGGUAGUCGGAGUUUGAAUGGUGAAUCCAGGUAGGUGUUCCAUGGAAUGCCACUAUUGACAGAAAAUGUUGGUGGAAAACUUAAGUCCAAGACCACUCGACGUUUGGAAGAACCACGUUUUGGAACCGUUUGAAGUGGAGAACAAACUGAAGGGUUAUGUAGCGGGUUUGUCGAGAAAGGAGCGGCGAUCGCUCCGAAAGACAAUUCGGUCUGAAUGUAGUGCCGUACGUGAUCAGGAAAAGCCAAGGCAGAAGGAUGAUUGCACAUUGUGGAAUGAGGCGAUUGACUGGCGCGAUAAUUAAUCGGCCAACAAUACUUCAAAACGUCCACCACGAUCUUAUCAUGAUAAUCAAGCAAAAGAUCUUCCCACCUGUUAAUCUUCAAUGCGGUAUACACCGGGAUUUUUGACCCAAAUGCGUUGGGGCUAUCUGAUCGGGAAGCAAGGAUAUGACGGAUAACAGCGGAGUCGUUAGAACUCUGAGUAUUAUCGUUCAAUGACACGAGGCUCGACGCUCCUGUGUGUGAUAACGUGUCCUGAAACUUGUGCGCCGGUGACAAGGCCGAGGUCGAAUUGAGCGAAGAAAGUUGGGGAGGGGAGGUGGGUUGUCAAAAAGUAGAUGGAAUGGGGGUUUCGUCUCUUAGGGCAGUGGAGCAUAGGGUGGUCCUAACUGCAAACACGACGCUUGUGUUGAGCGGCAUAGGUGUCGUGGUCCUUUUCGUAAGUGCAAGAACCGGUGUAAUUCCACUGCUUACAACCGAGGGUUUCCUGCCCCCCAUCCUGUUUCGAGCGUGUGGUCGAAGGGGGCGUGGCCGUCACGCGAGAAUUGGGCGCUGUACGUAAAUCAGAAUGCUUGAAAAAGGUGUUUGCCCGAUCGGGAAUUUCUGCCGUGUCAGACCACUUUAAGCGAUAGAGUUCAACUUGUUUGGCGAUAUGAGCGUGAAAUGAACGCACACUGCUCCAAGAAUAGCUGGUUCCUUUGAUCAUAAGGAGUUCCAAGAGACUAAGCAUAAACUUAGUCGCCUCGGGAGCGUACGUUUUGAUCAUCGAAAGGUACCUGGUGACAAAUUCUGAUAGAUCGAGUUUGUCGUAUUCUACGUUCGUAGACAUACCUGGAGAAAAAUCUUGGGGCCAGUCUACAUGGCGUGUUUUCUUUGUUACAGCAGCAGCAGCAGCAGCAGAUGUUCCGGUAUCGGUAGUUGAUAGCGUUAAUGUAGGAGGCUUUGCGUACUUUAAACGAAGAAGCUCCAACUCGAGGGCCAAUUUUUCUCUUUCUGCCUGCACCAAGAUGAUCCUCUGUGCUAACUGAUCAUUCUGAGUGGAGGCCUGAUCGUCAAGUAACGGCUUUUGCUGUGAAGUGAGCGCUUCGAUGCCGAUUAAAGGUGUCUCCACCGUUUUAGUGUCCCCUGUCAGGGACGGGCUUCGGUCCAUGGCUGAGGCAAAUGGAGCUGGGGGUAGACCGAAGUCGUAUAAGUUACGAGUUGAUUUGGUUUUACGUGUGGCGCGCUUUGUUGCGCCGGAGGAAGCCGCUUGAGCCAUGAUGUGGGCGAUUAACGUGAUUGCCCUACGAAACGAGCUUAUAACUGACCGAUCAGCGAACCUAGCGACCAGAUAAGCUCGGUGACGUAAAAUGAUCGAUGCGUAGUUACCAAGAAUCACUCAACGUAAUUAUUGCACAAAUAUGGAAAUUUUAUAUUGCUCACUCAGUAUGAGAUCAUUCUUGGGUCAAUGCUGUAUUUCAACCUAUUUCCUGAUCCUGGACUGCCUUUCCGCAUUCCACAAAAAUUCUGAAACGGUAUGGUAAUGAAAAAAUAACAACUCUGAAAUAACCGAUUUAACGAAAAAAAAAUAACAAAAUACUCUACCAUUCCUUCUUGUAAAACAUAUUAUUAUGGUCUCUUACUUCUCAAUUGCUAGUUUUGAUUUAUGUUACUUUUUACUGACAAGUUGACUUGAAUUUCUUGGAAGGCUAUGAGAUAAAAGAAUUCUCUUCUCUCUCUCAAAGCACAAAAAAGCAACUUUUUUGGCCUUACAGGUAGGCACUAUCUCACUCCUUGUGAAUGUCCAGUCCUCAUACUCACGUUGUCCAAAGAUUUGUCUCCAAAGAUUUGUAUCACAAUUCAUUUCCCAUGCAACCUGACAACUCCCGCGUCGACACGGAGUACCAGGAUGCUCAAGAUUUUGUUUUGGUGGGAAAAAAGAAGAAGACCGGUGACCAACAAAACCAGCCGUCGACAGUGACAAAGCUAGACGGGAGACAUUCGCAAUCCAAGACGUCGUCAUCAUGCCAGUUAAAUACAGGGCGAACAAAAGGGAACUCAGGUGCUGGCCGAAGUACUCAACGCAAGCAAAGAGAGACCGGUGUUCUUGGUUGGUGAUUCCAUCCUAAAGAACGUGCAAGGGAGAAAAAUGUCAAGUAUUGCUAAGGUCAAGACUUCCUCUUUUCUAUCAAGACUAGCCAAUAACAUCACGGCUUAACUGACAGACGACUAAUAACAUAGCGACGUAAUUAACCAAUCAGAUCAAUAACCAGAGUAAAAUACCAUCAACUGACAUGAUACAACUCACUUUGACUCUAAAGAUGACUACUUCACAGGUUGUCGAAACGUCAGUCACUGUCAACAACAACAGUCCUAUUCAGGACUACGUUUACCCGAUCAAACUCAACCUGGAUUGAUACCACUCUUUGCCAAAUUGCUACUGACCUUACAACUACCUUUUAUCAAAUACCUCUUGCACCCACGUUGGUGAAAUACUGUUCUGUGGGGUCCAGUUGAAUACCCAUUCAGUGAUGGGUAUGCCGGGCUCAGAAACUGCAUUGGAAGAGCUCAUGUGUCUUGUACUUGAAGAUCUUAUUCCAUGAAAGAGUUGUUGCCAAGAUUAGCAACAUAUCAAUACUGCGGUGCCUGGAGUUACUGCACAACUUGAAAUGAGUGUUUCAGGCCCUCUCCGAGUGCAACCUCAAACUCUCUGCAUUCCAAGACUUUUAUCAACCCCAAAUCUACCAUGAUGUUUGGCUGGAACACUCCAAGCCUUCCUCCAUCAAAUUACAGCUCUAGCUUUGUGCAGCAAGCCUGAAACUGUAGGCCCCUCUAAAGUCCUUCAUUGGUGCAUAAAAAGUGCUAGCUGGCAAGGUGCCUGGAGUUACUGCACAACUUGAAAUGAGUGUUUCAGGCCCUCUCCGAGUGCAACCUCAAACUCUCUGCAUUCCAAGACUUUUAUCAACCCCAAAUCUACCAUGAUGUUUGGAUGGAACACUCCAAGCCUUCCUCCAUCAAAUUACAGCUCUAGCUUUGUGCAGCAAGCCUGAAACUGUAGGCCCCUCUAAAGUCCUUCAUUGGUGCAUAAAAAGUGCUAGCUGGCAGCAAGCCUUGCAAGCACCACUUGACACUGUCAUCACAGGUUAUAAGUCUCAUGAGAAGAUCAACUUGUCUGAUGAUCUACUCUUUCACAAUGCCCAGUCAGCCCAUCUGCUCCAUCACCCUCCCCUGCCUUGAUAAUCAAUUGUGGAUCAUCACAAAUGGAGCUGUCAAAACUCCAGGUAUCACCACCACAAUGUAUAUGAUACGUGACAAUACGCUACAGUUAACCAGCCUUUCCAGCACCAAACUUUGGAGUUGUCAAGCUACCUGGCUCUCUUGUGAGAUAGAGGCCUUAUCAACCCCAGCUGCAAUGAAACACUACAGCUCUUACAAUUGAAAACACCAGCCUACAUUUCACUAACAGUAAAGCACGUGUGUGGGCAUUUGAAAAGCUUUGUGGUGGUGAGUUUCCCUCAAACCCGCGUGUUGCCAUCUUCCUUUCCACCAUCAGUAAGUGCCAAGCCUCUGUUCAUCAUGUUGCUGGAGCCACUAUCCUACCAUCUGACUUUGCCAGUGGCAAUGCCCGUAAGUGCGACAACUCCACUUACCAAGUUUGCAGCUUCGUCCAACACAUCAAGGAUUCUGUGGUUCUCUGUGCAUCUGUCCAAAGCAUAUUGUUAGGAAAGGCUAAACUUCAUUUCACUAGAAAGAGCUGCUUGGCUUGCCCUCCCAGCCGAGUGUCCAGACCUAGAGCACACGUAUGCCCAUUACUCAAGGCACAACAAGGCUGUGCUCUAAGGAAAAUUGAAGGGAGCCCAGUGCUCUGAAACAUUAGAAUCUAGGGUGCCCAGCAUAUGAUUUGCAUGAAAAAUUUGAGAUUUUCUAGUCGCCCGAGGGCAAACGUUAGGCGCCAGGGGCCACCGAGCUCUGCUAGAGCACAGCCCUACACAUGCUCUUCCUAGAAGUUGACUAACAUUCUAACAUUAAAGAUGUUUAAAGUUACCUUCAUUUCACUUCAAUAUGCUUCCAACACCUUACUCAUUGUUAAAUGUAACGAACCCCUAGUACCUGCCCAGCAGAAGUGCAAGUCCUUGACAGUCUUUUGCAUGUCCACCUUAGCCACAUAAAUAUAACUAGAUAUAAAUAAUAAAUAAUGAUUUGGAGGUAGCACAUCCACAAAGUGGUUCUUCGACAACUGAGGAUGGUAACCCAAUCAAAACUUUUUCAUCCUUGACAUGGACAAGCCGUUGAUUGCAUUACUUCUAGCUGCCAUCGUUCUGCUUCACCCUGCAUGGCCUCACGUCAGUGGUGCAGCAGUCCCCUGACCCCCAACCCCCAACCUGAAACUGUGGGUGAUCUCUUUUACUGCCAAAGUCAUUAAAUGAGCUUGAAAGUUUAUACUUACCUUGUUGAAUGCCCAACGCGCUCUAUGACACUCUCCGCAACACACUGAUGAGCGUGUGCAUUGGCAUCCAACCACUGGAUGGCCCUCUUACUGUAAUAUGAACUGACACUGAUCCUUGUUUCAUGACCCCUGACAGUGGCUCAGUUCUUCACAAGCUAAGAAUUGUUCUCGUAAUCAGCAAAGUCAAGAGUCAAAACAAGAACCCAGUUGCAGAACUUGAACGUGAGCUCUUUCAACAGGAUCCCUAGGGUGGGCCUAUCUCCCCCGUUGUACUUUCCGUUGCAGCCACAACCCUGAAUUCACACUUAUGGAUUGUAAGCUUGUGGGAUGUGGAUACAGCGUGAUCAGUUCUCAGUUCCCAGAUUCCACUAACUGACUAUCAUCUCAUCUCUCAGAUCAGUGUCAAGGAUCUUUUGAUGGACCAAAAUCGCUGAUCUCCACAAUACCUUGGGGACUUUGUAGUAUUAGUAUGCCCCCUCAAGACUCAGUCCUCCCAAGAGAUGGGUAAAAGGGACAGAAAUAGAGACAAUUGUGUCAUUAAGUAUUAUUUGCUGUGUUUUUUAUGCACCUUGGCAAGCAGACUCUGUCUUUAUUCUUCUUUGGGGCUGUUGUUCAUGUUGUCACUUACCCGCCAUUUUGUUUGAAUUGUGUUCUGUUGCUUCUACUCACUCUGUUGACUGGCGUAGAUGCAACUGAUAUCGCUCUUUAUGAAUGGCAAAUUUGACUCAAUACUCUAUUUAUUUCUUGUCCUUCAUAAUGUAACAUCUAGGGUAGACACAGUACAAUCUCAUCCUUUGGCUCAGGCUUUGGUCUUGGAAAAAAUACCUUGCAAAGCAUGUCCGUCAUGUUUUAGUCGACUAUGAAAAAGAGACCACCAUGUGAAGUAAUUCUCUUGGAGCUCUUCUUUCCAGAGAAUUAGCAAUUGGCGAAUAUUAGCAAGCUAUGUGGUGUUGCCUUUUACCAGUUGCAUAAUAUCAAACGCAUUCGCAAGUAUUUGUCUCGUGAAUCAAUGGAAAUGCUUGUCCAUGCAUUUAUUACAUCUCGUGUUGAUUAUUGUAACAGUCUUUUGUAUGGGCUGCCCAACUACCAGCUUAACAAAUUGCAGAGAGUUUUGAAUGCCUCAGCCAGGCUAGUUUGUAAUGCCCCUAGGUUUUGCCACAUCUCACCCCUUCUUCGUGGUCUGCAUUGGCUUCCUGUUAAAGCCCGGAUAGAAUUUAAGAUACUGCUUAUUACGUUCAAAGCAAUUCACGGCCUUGCUCCUAAAUAUCUAUGCGAUUUACUUACAUUUAAAUCGUCCUUAUAUAACCUUAGAUCUUCAGAUAGUAUUUUACUUUCUAUGCCAGCUGUUCGAUCGAAGACGUUAGAUGAUAGGCUUUUAUGGUAGCAGCGCCAAGGCUCUGGAACUCUCUUCCAAAAGAACUUCGUGCGAUUACUAAUAUGAACAGUUUUAAGGCGCAUAUUAAGACUUAGCUUUUUAAAACUUUAUAUUGGUGAGCAAUUUUAUAUUCAGUUCUUGCUUGCACACAUAUAUUAUUUUUAUUUUUUACUUUUUAUUUUUAAAUGCAUUAUGUUUUAUUUGUUUCUUUUAAAGUAAUGCAGUUGUAAUGCGCAGCUGAUCAUCGUCAUGUUAAGCUGCGCACAACAAGUUCAUAAAUUAUUAUUAUUAUUAUUUAACUUCAUUUUUUUCAUCUUUCCAGAUCAGUGUUUGUAGACAGAUUUGAUGAAGUGUCGCACAUUGUGUAUGGACAGAAGGAUUUCUGGGAGGUACUGUGGCUCAUUUUUUUCCAUUAUUUCAGAUCAGUAAUGACUGACAGAUUUGAACAGGUUUUACACAACCAUUAUGGUCAGGUGGAAUAUUGGAAGAUUUAAUAUGUCUUCAAACAAUGAAGCUAACAUCAAGUGAUUUGGGCAGUUUGGCACAUUAUAGCCAGACAGUGACCAGAAUACAGUUUGACUAUAAGCUUCAAGGGGCAAUUUGGACAAAAUUUCCAGGAGUGAAUGGGUUUAGAACACCAAAAUGCUGUAGAUUUCAAGAGCAAAAACUGAGCAACCGAUAGACUUACAGAGGGACUACAGUUCUGUAACACGGGCUACCUAGGAAAAGUUAACCAAUAAUUGGUUAUUGUAUUACACAUGAGUAACAAUACAUUCCAAGAAAGUUGGUUGUGGGCCAAUCACAAGCUCAUAAGAGAAACAAGUUACUAGAAGCUCAAAAUUUAAAUAUUGAUAAUAAAUUGUUCCAAAAUAGCAUUAAAAUAUUUUUAUCUGAAACUUUAUAUACCAUGCCCAGGAAAUAUAUUUUUGACAGAAGAUGUUAUUUUGUCGUCUGCUAGCAAUUUCGUGGCAAACAUUGCCACACAUUGAAGUAACAUAUUACCUAAAGUCAAAAAUAUAAGUGAUGUUUACAAUUUUCACCUCUGUCAAUCAUUCUAACAGACCUCUUAGGAAACGAAGGCUUUCUUCAGUGGGUUCAAAAGGUCAUGUUUGCAGGUUGUAAUAAUUUGGUUGAUUUCGAUCCAUAUUGUCUUUAGCUCUGAUAAUAGGCAGCCUUAGCAAUGAUGACAGCGAUUGCAGGAAAAACAUCACUUUUAAAAUCAGUUUUCACUUUUUCAAAACUUGUGAUUUAGAUUACAUUCUAACUUGCUUAAAAUUUCAUAUGUAGGUGAAAUCUCCUGGACUUAGAUCCUUGGGGACAACACCCAAGUUUAAUAACAGAGAAUUACUUGGCAUUUGGUUAUGUCGUCCAUAAGAUUAACUUAUAUCAAAUAUGGAAAUUUCAUGUUGUUUUGCAGUAUCAAAACGUGUAGUCAAAAAAUAGUGUUCAACUUAUCGCUUUUUUGUUUGUUUUUGUUGCUGUUGCCAUGGUUGUUGUUUAAGCUUUCUAAUGUCUAAUGUUGAAAGGGAGCUGAGUUGACAAUGACUCUUAUCAGUACUUGUCUUAAACGUAGGCAAGAAGAAGCCAAGUAUUUGCCAAGCACCUGACAGCAGAAGGAGACACAUUCCGUAAAGAGAUACUGAAAUCAGAGGACAACAAAGAUGGCACUGUCAUGUAUGAAGACUGGACAAAAAACCACAAAAAGGAGGGUAGUGCUACGGGUGGCCCAUACCUGGCUGUUCACCUGAGAAGAACUGAUUUUCUUUAUGCACAUCCUGAUGGUGUACCAUCAUUAGAUAACGCUAUCAAACAGAUCAAGGAGAUUCUAGAUAAACAAAAGCUUGACAUGGUGUUUCUUGCUACUGAUGCUGAUAAAGAAGGUGAGAUGCAAAAUUUGUUUAAAAAUUUAAUACUUUUACUUUUUCAAGGCUGUUGCUAUGUUUUUAAGUUGCUACGUAUAUAGCCUGAGAAAACAGCCGACAUCUUGUGAUGCCACCACUGGUUGUCCCGUGAAAUGACAUCUGAGAAAUGAGUCAGCUGAAAUUCCAUACUGAUGAUGUGUUUCUACCUAAAUGUUGGUAGUGCUUCUGAUUGGCUGAUGCAAAUUUCCCAUGCAGCAUGACCAAUCAGAAGUACUACCCAGAUCGUCAUCACUACGGAAUUACUGUGGUCGUUCUGUAGACGUCAUUUUUCAGGGAAACCGGUGGUGGUGUCGCAAAAUGUUGGCUGUUUUCUCAGGCUACUGGAUAUAUGAAUUUAGUGGGCUAGGCAGGAAAUUGAACAGAAGUGGAAUUUCUUUUGGUUAUAUUUUCCUUUUGUUUCCAGUGGAAAUACCUUUGGGUUAUGCUCACAGAAGCUGGGGAAAUCCUGACCCCCAACCGUCAGUGACAGCCUUGUUUGAAUAGAUAUGGAACUGUUCCCAGAACCUAGGGAAACACCCAUCAUAGGUUCGAGAACCAGCAACAAGCUAAACACUGUCAAAGACCUUGAAAUUUGAUACCAUUGAUGAUAUAUCUCAGUUACCAGUAAAUAGUCUUACAAAGAGCUGUUGAGGAUUGCAUACAAAUUAACACUUCAGUCAAAGGAUGGCAAAAAAGUUUUAAAAAAAAGUGUUUUGGUGUUUGGAGCUGGUCCCAGUUGGCUUGCUGGUUGAGUUGGUAAGGGUACUGGACCAGUAUCGCAGAGCAGGUCAGGGUUUGAAUACCAGCAAGCUUGAAUUUUUUUCAGGCUCUCUUUUUUCUUUUAUUGACCAGCCCCCAGUUGGCUUGCUAGCUCAAUAUUGGUGAGAGGGCUGCACUGGCAUUACGAAAAUUAAGGCUUUCUUUUCGCAACUGCAUAAGCUGCGUAUUUAACUGUGAUGAUCUUCUCUGCGUUUAUUUCUUUAUCCCACAUUUGAAAUAUAUGAAAUUAAUAUAUUCAUCAUUUAAUAACUAAGUUUCUUUACAGUUUUGUAGUUACACCGAUAUUGACACUACUGUCAACUCCGCAAAUUAGUUUUAUUCAGACUAACUUUUCUCAACAUGUUCUUUUCAUUUGUUUGUUCUUUAACUAAUGUCCAACAGAUGUGAAUCAUGAACGAUUCCGAAUGUAUAAUGAACGUAUGCCUGAUGAUUGCCUCACAAGAGGCAUGUAACUCUGAGUAGCAAUAAAUGUUCAAGAUUUAAUCCAGUUCCAUCAGUCUACUUAUAACAGUACUAUAUUGUUUUAUGAUUUCUUUUCCCAUUAAUUUCAGAAAUAGAUUAUUUGAAGAACAAACUUCCUUUGGUUAAGUAUGAUGCUCCAAAAAAGAUUUUACAAAAAUAUGGUGAUGGAGGGGUAGCUAUCAUUGAUCAGUGGAUUUGUGCUCAUGCAAAGUAUUUUGUCGGGACGCGCGAGUCAACAUUUUCUUUUCGUAUUCACGAAGAAAGAGACAUAUUAGGUUUCCAUGGUGACCAAACCUUUAAUUGUCUCUGUGGUGAUAAGGAACUUGGAAAAUGUGAACAACCAUCCAAAUGGAGAGUAGAAGUUUACUAAGUUAUCAUUUGUAUUUAUUGCAUGUCUAAUAUGAAUUUAUUAAUUUUUAUUACUUGCUUUUUUAGGAAGUUUAAGUUAUGUUUAGGUAGGUUUCAAUAAUUCAACUGGAGGUAUUUUAAGAAAAAUAUGAUGUUAUGAAUUCAAUGUCACUCAAUGUGUACUUAAUUUAAAAUAUGUUUUCCAAAAUCAACAGAGGUGACUGAUCUUGAUAUUAAGCUGAUGUAGUGGAAAGACAAUAUU